AUGGCUACGCCGCCUCCCGAGGCUACUCCUGUCCUCAAGGAGGACAAGCCUCAGCUGCCGCCGUCACCGAAUGGAACUGCUGUUGAGAUCGAUCAGAAAGGUGUGCAAGCUCCGAUGGCGGUCGCUACGGCGCCCUCUCCUAAACAUGACUCAGAUCCGGUCACCGAUCCUGUCAAAUCCUCAGUGAAUGGGAACGGUGUGGACCAACCGCCACUGACCAACGGUGCGACUGCGUCGCCUCCAAAGUCCCCUAUUCCAGCAGAGACCGCGAAACCCUCAGACGCCCUCGCCAAGUCGGAAGGUGACAACGGUGCCGGUGGCGAAAAGGCUCCGACCGUAGUUCGGCCCUCGGUCGCUCCAGAUGCUGCUGUGAAGGAGGCAAACAACCAUCAACAAGACAGCGCAAACGCAACCCCUAAACCGAACCCUCCUUCUGCGGCCCCAGUACAAAAUGAUUCCAAGUCUACGCAAGCCACAGAGCCUUCCGCAAAGACCGAAAUACCACUGCCUUCCUCCGCUGCACACACCAGCAGUGUGCCGACCAAGGCUGCGACUCUGUCCCUGCAACAAUCCGUCGAUCACGAGAUGAAGGAUGUGUCGGACAUCCCCGUGUCCCCAACUAAAGUUUCUAGGGAGCGCGAAACCGAUGGCGGCGAUGAACCGGCUGCAAAACGUACCAAGAUUGAAAGCGAUGGCGUCGAACCCUCUGACUUCAAGGUUCCCAAGCUGCCCUCACCGGCGGCGGAGACGUCUCGCGAUCAUGCGAUGGGUGCUCACGAAGGUGUGACGAAGAUGCAGCACAAGUUCCUUGUCAAGAGCGUCCAGAGCCUGAAGCGCAUGCAUGAGUCUCGUUUCUAUCGCGAGCCUGUCGACCCUAUCAAGAUGAACAUUCCCCAUUACCCUAGCAUCAUCACGGAACCCAUGGACCUGGGAACGAUCGAGCGCAAACUCAAGAGGAACGAGUACGCAUCUGUGCAGUUGGUCAUCGAUGACUUGCAUAAGAUGGUUCGCAAUGCCCUGGUAUUCAACGGUCCCGAUCAUAUGGUCACCAAGGAAGGCCAAAAACUGAAGGAGACCUUCAACAAGCAGUUGGUCAAUCUUCCUAGGCCUGAUGAAGUGGAGGAGAAGAAAAUCAAGAAGUCUGCCCCGAAGACUCAGGCGUCGCGACGUGAGCCUCGGGCGGUUCCCACCCCCGCCCCCAGUCGUCCCACGGCUGUCUCUCCACAAGCCACCACCUUCGCGUUGGGACCCGAGGGCCUCCCGCUCAUCCGUCGUGAUUCCACAAACGCCGAUGGUCGUCCUAAGCGAUCUAUCCAUCCUCCUAAGCGUGAUUUGCCCUACUCCACCAAGCCCAAGAAGAAGAAGUACCAGUGGGAGCUGAGAUUCUGCCAAGAAGUUCUGGAUGAGCUCCACAAGCCCAAGCACUACUCUUACGCGGCUCCUUUCUACUAUCCUGUUGAUCCCGUUGCACUCAAUAUCCCUACCUAUCAUAGCAUCAUCAAAAAGCCUAUGGACCUCUCGACCAUUCAGAGCAAGCUCAAGACUGGACAAUACGAGAAUUCGCGGGAGUUUGAGGUAGACGUGCGUCUGAUCUUCAAAAACUGCUUCAAGUUCAAUAUCCCCGGUGAUCCGACCUACGUGGCCGGCCAGACUUGUCAGGAUGUCUUUGACUCCAAGUGGGCUCAGAAGGCGCGCUAUCUCGAGGCGCACGAACCUCAUCCCGAGCAUCACAGCGCUGACUCGUCCGAGUCCGAAAGCGAAGAGGAUGUCGAGGAUAGCGAUGACGAUGAGAAGCUUACCCUUCUGCAGAAGCAGAUUGCGGAGAUGUCCCGUCAGGUCGAAGCAAUCACACAGAAAAAGAAGAAGACCCCUCCGAGCUCGAAGAAGCUAGGAAAGUCCAAGUCUGGAAAGAAGGAGGGCUCGAAGAAGAGUGGUGCUGUCGGCUUCUCUAAGAAAGACAGAAAGGGCAGCAAGUCAUCCAAGUCCGAGAAACGCUGGGUAUCCUAUCAUGAAAAGCAAAUCAUUUCCAACGGAAUCAGCAGCCUUCCCGACAAAAAGAUGCAGGAGGCUCUCAGGAUUAUCCAGAACAAUGUCCCCUCUCUUAAGGGUACCCAGGAGACUGAGAUCGAGUUGGAUAUCGAUGAGCUUCCGAAUGAGGUCCUUUUGAUGCUGCUGAAAUUCGUCAAGAAGAACGCACCCCAUGUGGUCGAUGACGAGGACAUGGGAGCGCCACUCGCCAGUGCGCCCUCGAAGCCCAAGAAGAACAAGCCGAUGAGCAAAUUUGAGCAAGAGGCUCAGAUCAACAUGCUUGAAAGUAACUUGUCCAGAUUCCAGGGCGGUGGUAGUGGUCGCUCCCCGGACCCUAUGCCUUCCGUCGAGGCGAACUUUGAGAGCAGCGACGAAGAGGAUGACACCGAGGAGAGCGAAGAGGAGUAA